AUGCGUCUUUUGCGACUACAACCCUUGCUCUCGCGAGGAGGCGCAACAAUCUCCCAGUCUCAUUGCGCCUACUCUUCGCUCGCCGGACUACACCAUCAGCUCACAGCGCGCAAGCUCCCAUUAACCUACGACUACCUCCACCCCCAGCCUUCACAUCUGCUCAAUUUGACGCUCAAUGACCUACUUCCGCCAUCACCAACCUCCAAGAAUCUCUCGACACCCCUCCCUUCAAUCCGAAACCCCUCGCCACUCCCAAUCUCCCAUCAUCUGAUCUACUUCCCGCCCCAAGUAACCCUGUCGCAAUUGCUCCCAGACGGCACAGACACCCUCCACACCCCUGGCCCACCCUUCAACCGACGGCUAUGGGCAGGCGGUAAUAUCCGAUUUCCCGGUCGCAGUCCCCUUCUCGACGGGAGCCGGGCCGUCUGUAUUGAAUCAAUCCGCAACGUGACCGUGAAGGGACGCGAGGGGGAGGAGAAAGUCAUAGUGACUAUUGAGCGGCGCGUGGGCACGGUUCCCGAGGAAGAAAGCGAACCAGAGACAUGGCGACGACUUUGGACGGAGAAUGAGGCGGCGGAUGGGGAGGCGAGCGUGGUUGAGAAUCGGGACUUGAUCUUCAUGCGGGCCAAGAGUGCGGAGCAGAUCCGGGUAGACAAGGAUGGAUUUGAGCUGCCUCGUCGGAUUAUCAAGUCUCCACCUAAUGCGACAUUCCGCCACCCAAUCUUACCAACCAAGGCCCUCCUUUUCCGAUUCUCCGCUUUAACAUUCAACGCACACUCCAUCCAUCUUGACAAGAGAUAUACUCAAAAUGAAGAAGGCUACCGAGAUUGCCUAGUACACGGCCCAUUGACCUUAACCUUGCUUCUAAGCGUCUUGCAAAGCUAUCUCAGAGGAAUCAAUCUCCAGGUCAGCAAAUUCGAGUACAGGAACUUGGCGCCUCUUUUUGUUGGGGAGCAACUGACAAUCUGCGGCAAGCCCAAGAAUGGGGAUGGGACUUGGGAUGUGUGGAUUGAAGGUCCGGAUGGAGGCCUGGCAGUUCGUGGGACGGCCUGGGCUUCUACUUUGGCAUAA